AUGCCCCCCGCAUACCAAGGCACGCUAGAAAUCAAGCAAUUGGUUCAGCACAUUGACGACCACGAGGAGAAGCGGGAGGAGAUGCUCAGCCAGUACUCAAGGUAUGCCGCACGCCUCUUCGAUGUCCAGCAGCAUGUGCACCUCAAACAUCUCGCGUACAUUGAGCUGGGUGACUUUACGACUGAGGAGUCUCCUGCUGCUGUGCAGCGCCGCUCUGCUCUGUUCGCCGACCAGACAUACAGCCCGAAUUUGUGGUCAACGUGUGAGGCCCUGCUCGCGCCCGGACGCAACUACCAGCUCUCCCUCCGCAGAGGCCGGCCGGCCCCCCCACCCGCUGCCCCCGCCGUCACACUCAAACCCUCCACCCCUGCCCAGAACACGCCAUGCCUUGCCUCGUUUUUCAAGACCAUGCAGUCCUCGCGCAGUCCUUUCCGUUCCGCACCUCGCUCAACAUGCCCGCCUCGGAUGGCCCUUUAG